AUGCAGACCCCAGGUGCGGUCGACGACUUGAUCAGUCUCUACAAACAGCCAGGCCGUGAGGCACUGAAGCCAGAUGCGCUCGACUGGCCAGAAGGAGAGUGUAUCAUGGAUGACUACUCUCUUGGAGACAAGAUUCGAAUGGCACAUGCCAUCGAACGUCUAAUUCAGCUAUCCAAACUUACACCCACCACGUGGUUGACCUCUACAACCUCGAAUAUGGCUGACUGGGUCCCACAUUUGCUGGCUCUACAUCAUCCCGCUUCCUGGUGUUUGGAGCCGGAUAUGUUCUUGCUUCCUCAUGGCCAACUAAGCCAAUCGAACACAACUUCAACGUCAUCUCUGCUAGUGAAUCGUUGGCUUUCACGAACCAAUGAUCAAGCACGUGACAGAGUCGCUUUUGCGAAGCUUCAGAUGGUUCAUUUCACCAACAUUAGCUUCAUUCUGAAUUACACCACACUCCAGCGGCUUGGCUCCACCAAGAAGAAAGAGGACAUCCUUGUGAAGUUUGUGCGCCAUUUCGUUGCCGAUUCGUCAAACGACGAUGACAGUCGAUUGUCAACAGUCGUUGGUACGCAUGAUAUGGCAGUUGUUGUCAUAAAGCGGCUGAGCGAACGGAUUCCAGGCUACGGGACCUUCAACAGGAGUUUCGAUCUCACACAAGCUUCUGCUGCGCUGAGUCUAUUGCUGGUAGCUGUUGCUUUUGAGUACGGUAAUCAACUCAUUCCAACUCCAGCCCACAUCCCAUUCACGAGGUUUAUGGACAUACCGAGUGUAUACCAUAGAUCAGCGGAGCUCUUUAGUACUUGUCACUACAGGUGCAUGACAACGCCUGAAUUCUUGUCUGGUCAGUGGCACGGUUUUUACACUGAUCAUCGAUUGUUUGUAAACCGCGCAAUCUACGUCGAUCGGCCAAUGCAGGACAUUCGUAUGGUGACAGAGGAACCGACUGAGGAAGCACGAACACGCCUAAGGAUCAAUACUGUCAUCGCGCGGGAGACAAGAGGCUACGAUUCUCACGGAGACUUUCGGCUAUCAGGUCGGGUGCGUGAAGAUGGCCUAGUCAGUGUUGCUAAGCAGUAUCUUGGACAUGGGUUCUCCUGGACUUGGACAGGAAGAAUCACACCGUUCGGAAUUGUCGGAGUUUGGGGAAACAAUUCAUUCGGAGGGUACUUUUGGAUCUUCAAGGCCGAGUGGAUGGCCAGCCAUGUCAUAAGUAGGGAGUAGUACGCACGAAGGUAUCUCCAGUAAAGCGCGAGAAGGAUGACCGAGAAGCACACAAUUCCAGUCACAAGAUGAAAACGCAACUGGUUUCAUGCGCGAUAUAUGACAAAGCCUGAGGUGGCGUGACAUUAAGGUUCGGUCUGUCUCAAAAAUAUCCUGAGCGACUACCGGUACUGCACUGAUGGUGAAUUGGAUGUUGAGCAUGACAAAUGGAUCCUUAGUCGAUCAUAGGCAUCGAAAACCCAGACUGCCCAUAUCUUGGCCUAGGCCCAUCACCUACACAAUUGUUGAGCCUGUCAGAAGUUUGAACAGGUGGUGCGGUUUCCUCGGAA